AUGAUCUAUUCCAACGGAGACCCUGGCGAGAACCAGACCAUCUCUAGCGGGUUCAUCCUGGUGGGGUUUUCCUACCUCAACAAACUGCAAAUCCUUCUGUUUCUCCUUCUGCUGCUCAUCUACCUCCUCAUCCUAAUGGGGAACCUGCUCGUUAUCCUCCUGAUAAAGCUGAAUCCCUCCCUCCACACCCCCAUGUAUUUCUUCCUGGUCAACCUGUCCUUCGUGGAAAUGUGCUGCACCACCAGCGUGGUCCCUCAGCUUCUGGUUCACCUCCUGGUGGAGGAAAAGACCAUCUCCUUUGUGGGCUGUGCAGCCCAAAUGUACGCCUACACCAUCACAGGCCUCACAGAAUGCUUUGUUCUCGCGGCAAUGGCCUACGACCGCUACGUGGCCAUCUGCCACCCUUUGCACUACAUGACCAUUAUGAGUGGUCGGGUGUGCGUACAACUUGCGGGGGCUUCGUGGUUCUUAGGCAUCGCAAUGGCACUUUCUCCGUCCACGUGGGUCUUGAGCCUUCCCUUCUGUAGCUCCCACCGCAUCCAUCAUUUCUUCUGCGACAUCCCCCCCGUGCUGAAGAUGGCCUGCGCCGACACAUCAAAACACGAGAUCAUGGUCUUGACUGUGUGUGUUCUAUUCAUCAUGGGCCCUUUUCUAUUGACAAUCCUGUCCUACAUCCGCAUUCUCUCCACCGUUCUCCAGGUGCCAUCCGCGGAGGGGAAACGUAAGGCCUUCUCCACCUGCUCCUCGCACCUCAUGGUGGUGACUUUGUUCUAUGGGCUGGCCCUCAUCACCUACCUGGGGGUCAAGUCUAGCUCCACCUCAGAGAGCAAUCAAAUAAUUACCCUCAUGAACAUAAUUGUGCCACCAGCAUUGAACCCUGUAAUAUACACGCUGAGGAACAAAGAGGUGAAGGGGGCCCUGACCAAAACAUUAGGAAAGGUCUCCGUUGCAUAG